AUGUCUUUAACUCCAAUUGCUACAAAGCGUCCUCCUAGUCCAACUGACAAAGACGACGUGAAAAAGAAAAAAAAUAUUGACGCGCAAUAUGCAUUAGAACUAAAAUUAUCUGAACCAUCUGAACGUCCAAGUAUUGGAACCGCUGGAAGAAAAGUUAGCGUUAAAACUAACUAUUUAAGGGUUCGUUCGCUUCCCAAUACUGCCUUGCUUCAUUAUGGCUUUGUUGUGGUACCUGAUGUGAGGACUCCUUUGAAGACAAAGAUUUUUUCUCAAAUGGCUUCUCAGGGAACUUUUGGAAAUACAUGUCCUGUAUUUGAUGGAAAUAGCGCUAUUUACACAUGCAUUCCCUUACCAAUUAGUGAUGACAAAGAGACUUCCAUUCAGAUAGAAAAGAUAGAAAUGGAUCGACUCAUCGAAUACCUUAAAGAAAAAUGUCUAAUGACAAGUCAAAUUCCAACUUGUAUUACGAUUCUUAACACUGUGUUGAAUUAUGGACCGAGAAAAAGUUUCGCUGUCGUGAAGCAAGGAAUUUUCCCAGAUCACUUUAACGAAAGGCCUAUUAUUUUGACUGGAGGUAUCGAAUUGAAGAUCGGAUUUUGUCAAACUAUGAGACCAGGAUGGGAUAACAUGUUGGUGAAUGUCGACGUAUGCGCUGGCCUUUUUUAUCCGGCAGUAUCCUUGAUUGAGUUUUGUCGACAAAUUUUAAACAAGCAUGAUGUUAACGACCUCAGACGAGGAAUUAAUGACUAUGAGAUGCGCGAACUUGAACGUGCUUUCAAAGGCAUCAAAGUUCGAGUUACACAUCGUGGUGAUCGUAAACCGGUAGUUAAGGUGGAGCGACUCUCUUCUAAAGCUGCGGACGAUCUUUACUUCAAAAAUGAAAAAGAAGGUCGAGAUAUGUCUGUUGCCGAAUACUUUGAUAAAAAUUACAAUCACAGACUCGAAUUCAAAUCUCUACCUUGUAUAAUGGACAAAAAGAAGAAUUAUAUUCCUUUUGAAGUAUGCGAGAUAUUAAAUAGUCAAAGAUAUGAAAAAACUCUCAACGAUAGAGCUAGAGCUGAUAUGAUAAGAAAGACGGCUAUGCCCCCUCAAGAUCGAUUUCAUCAAAUAGAAGAAGGUAUUCAUCAUGUUUUCAAUCAUAAGGAUGAUGAAAAUCUUAAAGAUUUUGGCAUAGAAGUUGACUCAAAAAUGAUGGUCAUUGAAGGAAGAGUUCUAGAACCUCCAAAAGUAAAGUAUGCAAGAGAUGAAUUCGUACCUCAAAACGGCCGCUGGAACCUGAUGAACAAAAUUUUUGUUAGAACUAGGAUUUUAGUCAACUGGUCUAUUCUUGUAUUGGAUCAACGCGCCAACAAUCAGGUCAAAAAUUUCGUUAGAGAGUUUAAGACUACUUUGAUUGAAAGAGGAAUGGACGUGCAAACGGAUCCUGCAAUCGAGUAUGGAAAUAUACAAGGAGACUUUAGAAAAGAAAUGGGAAUGGCAUAUGCAAAGGCUCGACUCGAUAGGAAUCAACAAGUACAAAUCAUUAUUAUCAUCAUUCCAAAGAAAUCGAGCGAUAUUUACGGAACAAUUAAGCGAAUUUCCGAUACCGAACUUGGCAUUCCGACACAAUGCAUCCUCUCCGAUAAAUUGAGAAAACCUAAUAAUAAGGCUUGUUGGAAUAAUAUUGCUCUUAAAGUAAAUGCUAAAUUGGGUGGACGCAACUCAACACUUGUCGAAGGCCAAUUAGAAUAUGUAACCAACAUAAAAAUUCCCACAAUGAUCAUGGGCGCUGAUAUUUCACACCCAGGGCCUGGUCAAACAAUGCAACCGAGCAUUGCUGCAGUCUGUGCUUCGAUGGAUGUUAAUGGCACAACAUACUGCGGUCAAGUCAGCGUUAACGAAGAAAGACGAAACGAAACGAUAGAAAAGUUAGAUGAAAUGGCCACAGAAUUGCUUCAGAUAUUCAGUAACAAGAAUAAUGGCUGUCUACCUCAUAGAAUGAUCUUUUAUCGUGAUGGUGUUAGCGAAGGUCAAUUUUCUGGAGUCGUGAAAAAAGAGGUUAUUGCUAUAAAGAGAGCAUUCGAAAAAUUGUAUGAGCAAGGAAAGGCACCUCUGUUGACGUUCAUUGUUGCUCAGAAGAAACAUCAUACUAGGUUCGUCCCGGUAAACAGACAUGAUGCUGAUCAAAAGGGAAACUGCCGUCCAGGAACCGUUGUGGAUCAGGAGAUUGUUCAAAGAAACCACUUUGACUUUUUUCUUCAAUCUCAUUCCGGAAUUCAAGGUACUACUAGACCGACUCAUUAUCACGUUUUAUUUGACGAAAAUAAUUUCAAACCCGAUGAAAUCCAAGAAAUCACUUAUAAGCUUUGCUACCUAUACGCAAAAUCAACAUCAGCAAUAUCAAUAGUACCACCAAUCGCUUACGCGCAUAUAUUAGCGGCACGCGUUAGAAUGUAUCCACAAGUGAUGGAUACAAAUGUUGUUUCGGGUUUCCAAAGUCAUGGAUCGUAUAAUCGUAGCAACCCUAGACGAAGAAACGAUUCAUGUGGAAGAUCUUCUGAUUCAACAGAUGGCGAUUCCGAAAAGAAAGCUGGUGAAUCUGGCCAUAGUGAUGGAAGUUCGAAUGGUCCAUCGCUUCCUGAGGUUCAAGCUGUGUUAAAAAAUGCAAUGUAUUUUGUAUAA